AUGAAUAUUGUAAUCACCUUCACAAUUCUAUGUACGAUCCUAAUCAUAAACAGUUUUCCGGCCACCGGUGUUUCAAAUAUCAAAGCUGGUGACCAACUCAACCUCACUACGUCUCAGCUUGUUUCCCCGGGUGGCAACUUCACGUUAGGGUUCUUUAACACCACAAACUGCAGAUAUGUAGGAAUUUGGUAUACCAACGAUGAAACAUACAAAGUAUGGGUAGCCAACCCAUCCACACCGAUCAUAUCCAGCUCUGGUGUCCUCAUGAUCGAUCCAGACACCGGAAAAUUGAUCAUCGCCACUGGAGGAACAACACUUGUAAACAUAUCCGACAAUCAAUCCAGUCCUGAUUCUAAUAUUACAGCAACUCUCGAAGACACGGGUAAUUUCCAGCUGAAAAACGAAACUGACAACCGGACUCUGUGGCAGAGUUUUGAUUAUCCAACCAACGUUCUUUUACCAGGUAUGAAACUUUGGUCGGACCUUAGAACGGGGAAGAACUGGAACUUAACUUCUUGGUUGAGCAAUGAUAUUGCUGAUUUCGGUGUUUUUACUUUGAGCUGGGAACCAACUUAUGAAGCAUCUCAGAGAUUAAUGAUUCGAAGACGAGGUCAACCCUACUGGACUAGUGGGAAUAUAAAUAAUCAAACAUUUCCAUACAUGCCAGCUUUGAAUAGUCCAUUUAGCAAAUACCAGUACAAUCUCAGUUAUGUAUACAAUGACGAAGAGAGGUACUUUAGUUUCCAUGGAAUCAAUGGCGUUCAACCCAUGUGGUUUUUGACUCCAGGUGGCCGAGUUCAAGAUGUGGAUAACUAUGCAGUUUGGACUCCUGAAUUCUGUUAUGGGUAUGAUUCGGGUGACGGGUGUGUGGCAGAUUCUAAUACGAUUCAGUGUAGGGAUAAGAAUGAUAAAUUUAAUUGGUUGAAUGGGGAUUUUGCACCUAUGACGAGCAGCUCGUAUGAUGACAAUUCAAGCCUAAGUAUGAGCGAUUGUAUGGUGAGGUGCUGGAAUGAUUGCAGCUGUCUCGGGUUUACCACAAGUAGCAAUGGAACUGGUUGUAUUACAUGGACUGGAGCUAAAUCAGUCGAUAACUUUUCAAUCAGUCCAACAGGGAGUGCUGUAUUAAAGUAUGUUUUAAUUUCUCCAAUUCCGAUAAUUUCUCCAAAUCCAAGUAAAGGAAAUGCUAAAAACUGGAUCUGGGCACCCAUUGUCGCUUCCAUUAUUUUACUUCUCUUUUCUGCUUGUCUACUGUGGUAUCUAAAGAAGAAUAAGCUUAGACGAGAAGAGGAAAAGAGACAAAAGAGAGACGACGAAUAUUUCUUGGAGCUAAUAGCUUCUGACAGCUUCAAGGAUGCAAGUAAUCUUGAAAGUAAUGGCAGAAAAGGAAGCGACUUGAUGGUGUUCAGCUUUGCUACCAUAGUGACAGCCACAAACGACUUUGCAAGUGAAAAUAAGCUCGGGGAGGGUGGUUUUGGACCUGUUUAUAAGGGGAAACUUAGUGAUGAACAUGAAAUUGCAAUUAAAAGGCUUUCAAGAACAUCGGGACAAGGGCUUGUUGAAUUCAAAAAUGAACUCAUUCUUAUUGCCAAACUUCAACAUACAAAUCUUGUUCGGGUUCUAGAUGAAACAAGAAAGACACAGCUAGACUGGCCGAAACGAUGGAAUAUCAUUGAAGGGGUUGCUCAAGGGUUGCUUUACUUACAUAAAUACUCGAGAAUGCGAGUUAUUCACAGGGAUCUAAAAGCAAGUAAUGUUUUGUUGGAUGAAAGUAUGAAUCCCAAAAUUUCUGAUUUUGGUAUGGCGAGAAUCUUCAAACAAAAUGAGAUCGAAGCAAUUACCAAUAGGGUGGUUGGAACAUAUGGUUACAUGCCUCCCGAGUAUGCAAUGGAAGGAACUUUCUCGGUGAAAUCUGAUGUCUUCAGCUUUGGAGUCUUAACCUUAGAAAUUGCCAGCGGAAGAAGAAAUACAAGCUUCUCCUAUCUUGACAAAACCGUCAAUCUUAUCGGAUACGCAUGGGAGCUAUGGCUAAAAGGGGAUGCGUUGGUGUUAGAGGACCCAACUCUAGCAGAUUCUCAUGUCAUACACCAAUUAUUAAGGACUAUACAUGUGGCACUUCUCUGUGUACAAGAAAACGCAUUGGAUAGACCAGAGAUGUCGGGCGUGAUCUCUAUGCUUAACAAUGACACAGUGUCAUUACCUUUCCCAAAGUAG